CUCCGGGGCACGGACCUGCCUCCCCGGGCAUGGAAACGCUCCCUGCCAGCAGGCAGGUCCUGCCUUCGCUGCCAGACACGUGGAGCGGCUUUUGCUCCGGAAGGAGGUGGGGACCGCUGGCUGCAAACCGCCCUGGGGUUUCGGGGGUCCCCGCUGACCCUCUCCAGGUUGGCAACAGCGAGCUGUCCCUGAGCGGGAUUUCGGGAAGCGUCUGGCACGGGGCUGACGUCGCCAGGGCCGCGCUCGGCUUUGCCAGCGUUUCUCAUUCCCGGUGUCACCUUCCCGGUCGAAGGCGGGGGGGGUGGUUUACAAUCAGGAUCGAUGAGCUCUGGGAACUGAACCCGAGGGACAUGGGAAAGAAGCGGGGCUUUGCCUGGCCCUGCAGUUCCUUCGCGCUCUCAUUCCUGCCGGGCAUCGCUCCCAUCCCGUGGGACGCCCUCCUGGGCAUCCCCUCCCCGCGGCAGAGGUUUCUUCCCUCUGUCCCAUCCCGGCGCGGCAGCGAGCGAUAAAUUAGGUCAGGCGCUGGGCCGUGCGCGGCACCGCGGCUCCCCGGGCCCCAGGAGCAGGUCCUGUGGCUGGCAAGAGGACGCCCUUGAAGGGAUCCCGAGGUGCUGUGGAGCUGGAGAGACCCUGGGCGCUGUGUCCUGGCAGCCCCCAACCCCUUGGUACACGGCUGCGCGUCCCUGAGACACCAUGAUCCCUGGCGCAGGCCCCCGAGGCUGCUGCCUGCUCGUGCUGCUCUGCCUUCUCCCCUGCCCGUGGGUCUGGGCAGGCCGGGAUGCCGUGGGACCGGCGCUCUCCGCAGCCUCCUUCCUGCAGGAUCUCCUCCAGCGGUACGGCGAGAGCGAAACCCUGAGCCUGAAGCAGCUCAAGGCCCUGCUGAACCGCCUGGACGUGGGAGUGGGGCACGCCAACGUCUCCCAGCCGCCACAGCAGCGUGUGAACCUCUCCCGGUGCUUCAGCUCCGUCGAGCUUUUUGCCAUCCACAACCUGAGUGAGGGCUCUGCUGUGGGGCAUAGUGAGUUCAAGGAGUUUUGCCCCACCAUCCUGCAGCAGCUGGAGUCGGGGGCGUGCGCCUCCGAGAACUUGGAAAAUGAGGAAAACGAGCAGACGGAGGAGAGCAGACCCAGCUCAGCUGAAGUCUGGGGUUACGGUUUCCUCUGCGUGACCGUCAUCUCCCUCUGCUCGCUGGUGGGAGCCAGCGUGGUGCCCUUCAUGAAGAAGACCUUUUACAAGCGGCUGCUCCUCUACUUCAUAGCUCUGGCGAUUGGAACUCUCUACUCCAACGCCCUCUUCCAGCUCAUUCCUGAGGCAUUUGGAUUCAACCCUCAAGAAGAUUAUUACGUUUCAAAAUCCGCUGUGGUGUUCGGGGGCUUCUACCUCUUCUUCUUUACGGAGAAGGUCCUGAAGAUGCUCCUGAAGCAGAAGGACCAGCAUCACCACGGGCACAGCCACUAUGGCCCUGAGGCUCUGCCGUGCAAGAAGGACCAGGAGGAGGGUGUCACCGAGAAGCUGCAGAACGGGGACCUGGACCACAUGAUCCCACACAUAACCAGCGAGCUGGAGUGCAAGACCCCUCCCGGGGAUGAGAAGGUUGUGGUGGGCUCCCUCUCUGUCCAGGACCUGCAGGCCUCCCAGAGCGCGUGUUACUGGCUGAAGGAGGUGCGGUACUCUGACAUCGGCACGCUGGCGUGGAUGAUCACCCUCAGUGACGGCCUCCACAACUUCAUCGACGGGUUGGCCAUUGGGGCCUCCUUCACUGUCUCUGUCUUCCAAGGGAUCAGCACCUCCGUGGCCAUCCUCUGCGAGGAGUUCCCGCAUGAGCUGGGGGACUUUGUCAUCCUGCUCAACGCCGGGAUGACCAUCCGCCAAGCGCUUUUCUUCAACUUCAUCUCUGCCUGCUGCUGCUACGUGGGCUUGGCCUUCGGCAUCGUGGCCGGCAGCCACUUUUCUGCCAACUGGAUCUUCGCUCUGGCCGGAGGGAUGUUUCUAUACAUUGCGCUGGCUGACAUGUUCCCUGAAAUGAAUGAGGUCAGCCGGGAGGACGAGCAGAAUGGCAGUACGCUGAUCACCUUCGCCAUCCAGAACGCGGGGCUGCUGACGGGGUUCACCAUCAUGGUGCUGCUUACCAUGUACUCUGGCCAGAUCCAGAUCGGGUAGGACCAGCCUGACGCACAGCCCUGUUCCAGUUUUUCCAUUCUUUUCUUUUCUUUUUUUUUUUUUUUUUGAGGGGGGGAAGGGGUAUUUCUCUUUUUUUUUUUCUUUCCUUUUGCUGCUGCAAGCAUACAACGGUACCUGUGCGGGCACUGACAUCACACUAUAGAAGAAGAGACAUCGCUUUUAAAGCUAUUCCACAGACUUCAUUUUAUUUUGGUUUAAGGCUGAGGGGAGCUUAAUCCCCUUUGCCAUAGGACCGAACUGCCUGGAGGAUCUCUUUCCAGCGUGAUAUCCCUUCUGUCCUCGCAUCUCCUGGGAAGGAUGGAGUUGGGAGACAGGAGCUCCUCUAGCCGCGUUGCUCCCUUCCUCAUGCUCGGAGUGGUGUGAUAGGACGUGACACUCUCCUGACCCCUUUGCGGGGGGUGUGUGAUGGGGACAGACCGGGACAGACCCUUCUCGGAGAGUUACCUACCAGCCAGUCCUCGGAGCUGUGCUCUGCAAACACAGAGGGCUGCCGAGCAAGAGGAGUCUCGAGGAGCAGGGCUCGUGAUUCGAGCAUCAUCCUUGCCAUCUUCUGAAGCAUGUCUCUGGAGCCACAUCUGGUUGUGCUCCUGUUCUGCUGGACGAUGCCCUGGGAAGAGUGAGGUGACGAGGAUUAUUUUUUUUUAAAAGCACAUUCUGGGUGUCAGCGCUCGGAGCAGAGGACACCAAACUGCACCCCGUGUGAGUCGGACUGAUGGAUGUGGGGCAGCGGCUGGGAGAAGGCUAGCAGGAUGCCCGUACCUCCCUUUUAGGUUCCUGCUGCUGUUUGGGGGAGAAAAACCAACCCUUUUUUCUUCCAUGAGGGCAGCCGUGCAGUGAUGCUAGUGAGAAGGGCACAAGAGCAGCAUGGGGCAAAGGCAGAGCCAGGACAGCAAGCCCCGGCCCGGCCACAGGCUCCCCAGCUGGGGGAUCGGUCCUUACACUGUGACCAAGCUCAUGCCGACACCUGGGAACGGACACUGGUUCUUAAACACUGAUGCUGCUGAGUUGCUGAGGUUUGGGGGGUGGGGGGUGUUUUUAAAAAAAAAAAAAACAAAAUAGACUGUGAACCUCUUUAGGUUGUGUGUUUCCAGCCUUAGGGAGUAGCCAGAGAAGGGUGUUCUAGGCACUUCACAGCUCUGCUUCUGGGCUGGCUUUCCCCAAAUUCACUAGGUGAAUUGACUUAUUAUCAUAUUGAUAAUGUUGCCCACCCCACCCGUGUUGCUUGAGGUUCCCUCACACCCCCGUGUCCCCUCAAACCUCACCCUGCACCCGGUAGAGGUGAGUUCGUGGCCAUGCUGAUAAGCUGGAGCCGAUGUAGGCGGCUUACCCUAGUGGGUAUGGCGCUGGGUGGGGAUGAAGGAGUGGUGCAGAUGGCUUUGAGAAGUGCUUUGGUGUACGUGCUGGGGAUGGCUUGUCACUGAGCGCCUUCCUUCGCUCCCUGCCUGCGGGUGCGUGUGACAGAGUGACGGCCAUCCUGCCACCUCGACUCGGUGCUGCUGGGCACCGGGGGCUGGAGCUGAGGCUCCCCACACUUUCUCUUCCACCCCUGUUGGAAAGCAAUGCGGAGGGUGUGCUGGGUAUUUUUUUUUCUGCCUGUCGCAACAGAGACAAGGGACCUCAGCCCUUGGCGUGGUCUGGGGCAGGCUCAGCACCAUCCAGUAGCAUCGUAACCCUGGUUUGAUCGCUGGCUGCCAGUACCUCACUACAGUUCUUAAUCUGCCUUAGGUACCAGCUGGAUGAUGUUCCUCGUAGGCUCCUAACAGUUGUCCCUGAGUCCCUAGGUCUCUGCCUGUUGAGAUGUGGCACUGCCGGUAUCCUUGUGGAUCGGCACCUCUGCUCUCGAUGGCUUUGGCUAUGCCAGGCAUUGACUUUGUCCCCUUGGUACCCAGGAGGCUGUUGGCUUUGUCCCACACCCGGAAGGUUAAAUAUCAGCAUGUUGAGGAGCAGGGAGGCUGCUCAGGAGCACCCUUCAACCCAGAGGUACCACACAGUCCUUGGGCCGCUUGCAGCUGUUGGUGAUGCCUUCGAGGAGAGAAGGGGUUUGCUUUAUCUUGGUCAUUUAAGUCGCUCUUCCCUCUGUGGCUGCUCCGUGGGACAGAGCCACCUCAAAGCAGCGUGGUCUGUCCUGGCUCGGGCACCCAGCCGUGUCUGCAGCACCUCGUGGUCGUUACCCGUGCUUUGGGUUGCUGCUGUUUGUCAGUAGUCGGGAGGAAAGUGGUAUUGGAAACUUCCUUUCCGUGCUUGAGAGAGCUGCAGCCCCGUCUGACCGACUUGAUGUGGAAAAACUGAGUCCUUUGAAUGGCAUAUGCGCCCUCUCUUCUCUCUCAAGGAAGUAUUUGGAAAACACCAUGUUGCUGGCAGCUUUCCAUGGGGCAGAGGGCAGCCAUAGCGCUGCCAGGGCUAAGUCGUGGCUGGCAGGAGUGGUUCAGUGCUGCGCACAGAUGGAAAAGCCUCUGUGUUGGAGGCGAAGGGGGGAAAUCUUGUUGUCUGUCCCCUGAGGACCACAAGGCACUUGCAGACUGUGGCCGGGUGGUCCUCUGCGUCCCCGAGAGCUGGAAACGUGGCAAGGACUGACACUUGGCUUCCUCAGAGCCUGUAUGGGCCCCUUGGUGCACGGCGGGGAUUGUGAGUCCGUCAUCUUCUCGUUUCAAGUUUAACCUUGUUUCUUGCUAAUUUAGUCGACUUUGAGAAAUCUGGAAUCCAGAGAUUUGGGGUGGUGGUGGGGAAACCCCUCGCAGAAACAAGGCUCCUCGUGGAGAGGGACCCUCCUUCUGACGAAGGAUCAGCGGGAGAGAGCUCCCUCCCAUCCCUGGCUCAGGCAGGCUGGUACCUGCCAUCCGGGAAGGGAUGGGGCAGGCGGGAGGAUGAGGAGGGAAAGCGACCCAAAUCGAGCUUGUUAGGGAUCUUUCAUCUGUGUUUCCCUUCCCGUGUCUGGUUCGAAGCUCAAGUUCCAUCUCAGUAUUUCAAUAACUCAGGUGUCGUUAGGAGAUACGCAUUGAAACAAAGAACAUAACUUAUGUCACGUGAAUUGUAAAGUUAUUUGUAAAAUUCCAUAAAUAAAAUAUAUUCUGUAAUGACG